AUGUCCCUGAGAGACGUGGAAGGGGAAGAAGAAUGUUUUGAAUAUGACUGCCAGGAUGAAGAGAGGAAACCCACCCACGAGCAGUAUGACACCUUGGACCUCUUGGAAGAGGUUCUAUGUGCUGAAAGAGUUGGCCAGAUGACUAAGACAUAUAAUGACAUAGAUGCUGUUACUCGGCUUCUCGAGGAGAAAGAGCGGGAUUUAGAAUUGGCUGCUCGGAUCGGCCAGUCGUUGUUGAAGAAGAACAAGACGCUGACGGAGAGGAACGAGCUGCUGGAGGAGCAAGUGGAACACAUCAGGGAGGAGGUGUCUCAGCUCCGGCAUGAGCUGUCCAUGAAAGAUGAGCUCCUUCAGUUCUAUACCAGCGCCGCAGAGGAGAGCGAGCCUGAGUCUGUUUGCUCAACCCCGUUGAAGAGGAAUGAGUCAUCCUCCUCAGUCCAGAAUUACUUUCAUUUGGAUUCUCUUCAAAAGAAGCUGAAAGACCUUGAAGAGGAGAACGUGGUACUUCGAUCCGAGGCCUGCCAGCUGAAGACCGAGACCAUCACCUAUGAGGAGAAGGAGCAGCAGCUGGUCAACGACUGCGUGAAGGAGCUGCGAGAUGCCAACGUCCAAAUUGCUAGUAUCUCAGAGGAAUUGGCCAAGAAGACUGAAGAUGCUGCCCGACAGCAAGAGGAGAUCACACACCUGCUGUCACAAAUCGUUGAUUUGCAGAAAAAGGCAAAAGCUUGCGCGGUGGAAAACGAAGAACUCGUCCAGCACCUGGGGGCCGCUAAGGAUGCCCAGCGGCAGCUCACGGCCGAACUGCGUGAGCUGGAGGACAAAUACGCAGAGUGCAUGGAGAUGCUUCAUGAGGCGCAGGAGGAGCUGAAGAACCUCCGGAACAAAACCAUGCCCAACACCACCUCCCGGCGCUACCAUUCACUGGGCCUGUUUCCCAUGGACUCCUUGGCAGCAGAGAUCGAGGGAACAAUGCGCAAGGAGCUGCAGCUGGAAGAGCCUGAGUCUCCAGACAUCACUCACCAGAAGCGUGUCUUUGAGACAGUGAGAAACAUCAACCAGGUGGUCAAGCAGAGGUCUCUGACCCCUUCCCCCAUGAACAUCCCUGGCUCCAACCAGUCCUCGGCCAUGAACUCCCUCCUGUCCAGCUGCGUCAGCACCCCCCGGUCCAGCUUCUAUGGCAGUGACGUGGGCAACGUUGUCCUUGACAAUAAGACCAACAGCAUCAUCCUGGAAACAGAGGCAGCAGACCUGGGAAACGACGACCGGAGUAAGAAGCCGGGGACGCCGGGCACCCCGGGCUCCCACGACCUGGAGACGGCGCUGCGGCGGUUGUCCCUCCGCCGGGAGAACUACCUCUCUGAGAGGAGGUUCUUCGAGGAGGAGCAGGAGCGGAAGCUGCGGGAGCUGGCGGAGAAGGGCGAGCUGCGCAGCGGCUCCCUCACGCCCACCGAGAGCAUCAUGUCCCUGGGCACGCACUCGCGCUUCUCCGAGUUCACCGGCUUCUCCGGCAUGUCCUUCAGCAGCCGCUCCUACCUGCCCGAGAAACUGCAGAUCGUGAAGCCGCUGGAAGGUUCUGCCACUCUUCACCACUGGCAGCAGUUGGCCCAGCCUCACCUUGGGGGCAUCCUGGACCCCCGGCCUGGGGUGGUCACCAAGGGCUUCCGGACGCUGGAUGUUGACCUGGACGAAGUAUACUGCCUUAACGAUUUUGAAGAAGAUGACACAGGUGACCACAUUUCUCUCCCGGUCCUAGCUACCUCCACACCAGUUCAGCACCCAGAGACCUCAGCGCACCACCCUGGGAAGUGCAUGUCACAGACCAACUCCACCUUCACCUUCACCACCUGCCGCAUCCUGCAUCCUUCAGACGAGCUCACUCGGGUCACACCAAGCCUUAACUCAGCCCCAACUCCAGCUUGUGGCAGCGCCAGCCACUUGAAAUCCACGCCGGUGGCCACACCAUGCACUCCACGGAGACUGAGCCUGGCUGAAUCGUUCACUAACAUCCGUGAAUCCACGACCACCAUGAGCACAUCCCUGGGGCUUGUGUGGCUGUUGAAGGAGCGGGGCAUUUCCGCGGCUGUCUAUGACCCGCAGAGCUGGGACAGGGCCGGCCGGGGCUCCCUCCUGCACUCCUACACUCCCAGGAUGGCUGUGAUCCCCUCCACCCCGCCGAACUCACCUAUGCAGACGCCCACGUCCUCCCCGCCCUCCUUUGAGUUCAAGUGCACAAGCCCUCCCUAUGACAACUUCCUGGCUUCCAAGCCGGCCAGCUCCAUCCUAAGGGAGGUGAGGGAAAAGAAGAACGUGCGCAGCAGUGAGAGCCAGACAGACGUGUCCGUCUCCAACCUCAACCUCGUGGACAAAGUCAGGAGGUUUGGGGUGGCCAAAGUGGUGAACUCAGGGCGAGCCCAUGUCCCCACCUUGACUGAGGAGCCGGGACCUCUCCUCUGUGGGCCCCCAGGGCCUGCACAAGCCCUUGUCCCUGGAGGCCUGGUACCCGAGGGCCUGCCUCUCGGAUGCCCCACAGUCACCAGUGCCAUCGGCGGGCUGCAGCUCAGCAGUGGCAUCCGGCGGAAUCGCAGCUUCCCCACCAUGGUGGGAUCCAGCAUGCAGAUGAAAGCCCCCGUGACUCUCACCUCGGGAAUCUUGAUGGGUGCUAAGCUCCCCCAACAAACUAGCUUACGGUGAGGACGGGAGGGGCGCCGUUGCCCUGGAGGAGCCCAGCACUCUCCCGUCUUGUGCCCCGCCUCCCUCUCUUCCCCCUGCAGUGCACUCUCUUCCCUCUUCCUUUCUCUGCCCGUCCCCUCCUGAACUACACAAAUCAACCUCGUGCCUAAUGGAGGAGGAGUGGAAACUCUGUAAAAUGUGUACAUAGGACUUGGAGACCUCAUCUCUGCCCUGCUCUUUCUUCAGAUCCCACAGGAAGUGCCCCUGUGCUGUCAUGACUCAUGAGGACUUCACCCCGGCUAACCUGGGGAAGGUGGUGUCCUUUUCUUCUUUCCUUUCGAGAAGCACUGAAACUCCCAAGUGUGUUCUUAUCCCAUGGAUAGGAAACCAGUGAAUUCCGUGGCUGACCACCUGUGUUGCACACUAUGAGCUGUCACGGCUCGGGUCGUAAUGCAUCUGGGUGUCCUUGGACACCUGGCCUCGCUCACCCUGUGACAGCGUAAGGAGCCUCCGUCCUCGGCCACGUGCAGCUGAUGUAGCGUUCACAAUCGGAGAGCUUUCCUUUCUUUUAUGGGUGGCCCCGCUUCUUCAAGACCUUUACUACUCUGCCUCAGCGGACAGUCGUUUCUUUUUUGAGGUGUGACCUUUUCUUUCCAUGCCUUCAACUUGAAGUCAUCCCGUGUUUUGUAAUCAAAUGUCAGGCCAAACGUCUGACCCGAAAGAGAAUGUAUUUACACUCCUGCUGCGUUGUUCAGCAGCCCCUCCGUGUUCUGUGUGAUUUGUUUUAUUUCUCCGGUUUUUUAUAUGCAGGGAAGUAAUGGUACUGGUAGUGUAUGUUCUCUGUGUGGUUCUAUGACACCGAAAUGCAAAUUUCAAACCCACCACGCUGCUAAUGAGAUAGCAGCUUAUUCCUGGGACCCAGUGUCACAACCAAAUUGAUGUAAGACCAGACCCAAGACAACUGUAACAGUAGGAUUAAAGGGAAAGAGGGUAGGGAAAAAGCUUAUUAAAGAACUGUGUCAGCACUAAAGGGGAAGAACCACAACCAAGUGUAAUACCAGACUGGUUCAAGGGAGAAACGAGACCUUGGCAUCCUGCUGGCUCCGGGCCUUACUCGGGAACUCAGAGUGGCCAGGGUGCUUUCACUGGAGCCUUCUGUGGCAGCCAGUCAAGGCCCACGUGUUUUUCCCUCUUGUUUCAGAACAGUGAAUGGUCACAACAAAAUACUUUCUCCCCACAAAGCCUUUUGUCUUCUUGUGCCACUUUUUAUCCUUAGGAAAAGAUAGAGGUGCUUGUGAAAAGAACCGUGAACAAACAAGGGAGCCUGGUCCUGUUGCUGUUGCCGGUUAAGUUUCAAACUUUUAUUUAUUAUUUGUGUGUGCCGUAUUUUAAACAAACAUCCUCUCUCCUUCCUGCUCCAGUCCUAGUGUGUCUGUGGCAUUCCAAUCCAAGCAGUUUAUUUAUUUAUUCUAAUCUGAGGACUGCACUUUACAUCACGGUGUUCCAUGACCACUUGUUCCAGACAUUUAUAGAAGGAAAACAUCCUGUGUAAAUGAAAUUGUCAUUCUGUGUCCUCCCCCCAGCAGAUGUGUCCUUCAGUUAAGUGAGGGUAACCUUAUGUCCAUGGAGGUUACUUUGAGAAAGUCCCCAAGGAGCAAGCUUCAGUCCCACGAUUUCAGACUAUUUAUUCUCGGAACACAAGAGCGUUGGUUAAUUAUGAUCUCAGUUCUCCUCGCUGUUGUACGUGUGCAUUCACUGCAAGUAACUUAUAUCUUUUUAUUUGAAUGUAUUUUAAAGCAGUAGGUAGAAUAACAAAGGAAUAGGAAAACUAUGGACUGAAUGGACCACUUUAUGUAUUCAGAGAGGAGCCACCCAUCACCAGAAAUUACUUCAUCACCAGAAAUACUGUGUAAAAAUUGGCAAUUCGGAGUUGCAGUAUUAGUAUAGUAAAUAAAUGAUCAACGUUGUGCAACCACUACCAAAAGUGUGUUGUAAUGCAUCAAAAAUCAACAAUAAAAUUUUAUUCGCUAAUGAGUAUCAAUAAAAUAAGUUCAAAUGAUGGAAACCA